AUAUGUUCGAACAGGAGACGUCAAGGUGUCAAAAAGUCACCAAUGGCGAAUCGACGAUGAGGAUCUGAAAAAUCGAACAUUCUUCUCCUUCCAUUAGCGUCACCAUGUUCGACUGUUCAUCGCCUUGAAUGGCUACACGUCGACCCUUCUUCUUCUUCCUUCUCUCUUAACCAAAUUCAACCUCUCCCCGCCUUCUCCUUCUCGCCGCUCUCGACCAUGAGAUCUCUCUCCCUUUCUUCGAGUUCUUACUGGCUUCGUCGUCCUACCCUUCUCCGGUCUCUGGAAUAUCCUCCUGCCGCCUCGGUUUCCCGCCCCCGGUUUAAUUCUGGGUCUCGCUGUUCUUGCAAGUUUAAAGCAGCAAGCUUCCAGAGACAUGGAUGCGGCAUGGGACGAAGCUCUCUGCCAGUCAAGGCUUUUGAUGGGGAUUCAUUUGAUUUUGCCUCCAUUGAUAUCUUUGCCGGCACUGGAACCACUGGAUAUGCAAUUUCAUCAAGCGAAGGUGAAGAGAGUGAUGGGGAGUAUGCACUGAAUGUGGUCACUGAAACAACUGCACAAAGGCUAGGCAGGAUCUCAAGAAGUAGUAAAAAGCACAGAUAUGGGAUGUUCAUAAAUUUGGGACUGCUUAUCUUUUUGUCGCUGCUGCUUUUAUUUAUGGACUGUUUUGCUUGGAAGAUUGUGAGACUGCCCCUGCCUCCAUUGUUCUUGAGUCGACCCUUCUUCAUAUCAGCGGUUAUGGUCACCUUUGUUGGUUAUAUUUUUGUCCCACUUCUGGACAAACUGAAGGUUUAUCAAUCGGUUAGGAUAAUAGGGCCAAAUGGGCAUCACCGUUUAUGGACAAUCCCGACAAUGGGAGGGUUGUUUUUUAUACCAAUUGGUAUCGCUGUUGCAGAAGCCAUUACAAGGUUUUCAUCCAUAGAAGUUUCUGGAGCAGCUGUUGCAACCCUUGCAUUUACCGGGAUUGGGCUAGUUGAUGACUCCUUAAACCUCCACAACGGUACCACCGGUUUGUCUGCAAAGAUCCAAACCCUUUUGGAGAUAGCUGUUGGGACAUGCUUUGGUUUCUGGUUGGACAGCGCAAGCAUCUCAUCUCCUUAUGGCAUGAAGACGUUGGUUCCCCUGCCUUCACCGAUUGGGCUUGUUUGCUUGGGACAAUUUUACGUGUUGAUGACAUUUUUUUGCUUUGUUUCAAUGGGAAACAUGGUCAAAGUCACUGAUGGUGUCGAUGGAUUGGCUGGAGGUGUUGCCACCUUGGCUUUUGUCGCAAUGGCAAUCGCCGUUCUUCCUAUUUGUUCCGAUCUGUCGGUAUUUGGAACAUCAAUGGCCGGGGCUUGUUUUGGGUUUCUAAUUCACAACAGGUACAAGGCAUCUGUCUCCAUGGGAAAUACAGGAUCACUGGCCAUUGGUGGCGCUUUGGCUGCAAUGGCCGCUUCCACUGGAAUGUUUUUCCCGUUGCUCAUCUCUUCUGGUGUUUUCAUCUUCGAAGCUGCUUCUGUUAUAGUUCAGGUUGCAUAUUACAAGGCGACCAAAGGUUUGAAGGGAAGAGGGCGGAGGGUUUUCAGAAGGACGCCUUUUCAUCAUCAUCUUGAGCUGUGUGGUAUGAGAGUGCCGGUGAUAGUAGCAAUGGCUUAUGCCUUUUCGUCUCUCCUCUCUCUUUCUGCAGCUUAUGUAGCCCUUAUCUCUGCUUGAAAUCUCUUCUCCCUUUGCUUUUACUUUGGUCCCUAUGGCCAAUUUUUGUCUAUAACCCAUUAACGUAUUCUUAGAUUACUUUCAUAUUAUAUAGGAUGGUAGAAACCCCGCAAAGACUUUAUUAAAGAUUUUGGAUAUUCAAAGUUAAAUUCCACUUAUUUCUUAGUA